AUGUUGGAGAAGGAGCGAGACAAGCGCGUCAAGGCCGAAGUUGACCAAAAGGCGAUGGAGAAACAAAUUUCUGAUCUUGAGAAAGGGAAAUCUAAAGAAGUCAAGAAGGUAGAAGCCGAACUCAAGAGAGCAAUCAAGGAGUUGGAGAGCAAGCUAUCUGAAUCUCAGGCCGAAGCCCAGGAAGCUCAAGAGGCAGCGCAGGCAGCCGAGAUGCGUGUCAACGCAUUGGAAAAGAAGUUGGCUAACGCGAAGGGAGCUCAAUCAACCCAAUUGACAUCCAUACUAACAAGGCGAAGGGAAAGAAAAGACCCAGAAGAUGUUCACUCGAAGUCAUCAGAUCGAGCUGUAGAGGAGUUGGUAUUCACAGAUCUGAGCGAAGAGGAAGAGGACGUAGAAAUAUUUCCGCCUCAGUCGCAAGUAAAAGCCCAACCUAAAGCAAAGCCAACCAAGGCGUCUGCUCCGCAAGUUUUCGAGAUCGAGGACGAUGAUGAGGUGGCACCGGCCAAGACCAAGCCUCGCCCGAAACCUCGACCUCCUCCAGAACCCAGUCCACCCCCUGUUCCCAAAGCCGCUUCGAAACCCAAGACGAAUGGGAAAAGUAAACAGACUGUCAUCGUCGAUGAUGACGAUGACGACGAAGUUGAUGUGCCAUCCGCCAAACCCAAGCCUCGUGCGGCGCCAAAGGAGAAAGCGACAGCAAAGGAAAAGGAAAAGCCAAAGCCAAAGUCAAAGGAGACAAACGGUGCUUCUGGUUCCAAGCGACCUCUCGAUGAGGAGCCAGGCGUGGCCGAGGAGACGGGAGAUAAGAAGAAAAAGAAGCGCAAAUUAUUGGGAGUGGAAAAUGCGGACUUCAACUGGGGAGCAGGUCCAGGACUUCUUGACACUCUCGGUAUUCCUACUUCGCUUUCUCCCAUCAGAGAUAAGGGAGACAAGAUUCCUCGUCAUAGGCGUGUGUAA